GCCCCACCGGCGCGCGCGCCGCGGACUGUCACUCGCGCGCCGAGCCCGCGCGCCACACCAUGCGUUAGUCGUGAAGUGUAGUGAAAAUUGUAUAAAGUAAAGUUUAGUGACCAAAAUGAUGCUCCCAGCUGUUGUGUUUGUACUCGCUGUCGCUUCAGAAUGCCUAGCGGCCCAAUCAGAUCGCUCACGGCACGACAGCAGGCGCUCUGGACCAAUCAGAAGCGUUCCUGUAGCCGCUGACAUCAAACGGGAUGCCGACUUCGACUGCCCUGAAGAGUUCGGAUAUUACCCACACCCUAACGACUGCACUUUAUACUACGUAUGCGUAUUUGGCGGCGCUCUACUCGAAUCUUGCACUGGUGGCCUUAUGUACAGCCACGAGCUCCAAACAUGCGAUUGGCCGCGCAACGUUGGCUGCGACGCCACCGGCACCGGCGCAGCCCUGGUCUCCGACGACCUCGAACGCAUCAGCGAGCGGGAACGCGACCCCCCGCCCCCAAUCCCGCCGCGCCGCAACCCGCCGCCACCGCCUCGGGUGCAGCCCAACCCUGUCGUUACCUCUAGAGGACAACCCAAGUUCAACCGAGAUGAAUACGAAAAGCAACAAUUAUACGCUGAUGUUGAAGAUGAUCUACCACCAGUUGAAGAAAUCGAAAGCGACAGACAACAACGUGUUUAUCGAGGACAGCCAUCAACCAUUGGACAAGUGCAGAAAGACAGGGACGGUUAUGUUUCGCAAGUCGCCAGCACUGGAAGAAAUCUUAACAAUAAUAUUAUUCCUGCAUCUAUUUCACAAAACAAUGGUAAAAUAGGGUCCUUCUCUUUUGGCACACAAGUUGAAGAAAGAAGAACAGCUACCGCUACUCAAGCACCUCAGACCUAUCGCUUGGAACCUGUUGACAACGUAACUCCAGCCACAUACACCGCCAGCCCACGUCCUAAAAUGCUGUAUAAUGGAACUCAAAAUUACUCUCCUGACCAAUUUGAUCCAUACUACGCUGUUUACGAUGAAGAUGGUGAAUUAUAUAAAGACACAGAUUAUGUUCAACAAUAUAACACGGCCUCGCUCCGCCCUGCAGUCCAGCAGACGUACCGCGGCACCCCGCCCCCGGUCAGGAGACCUGAGCCCGCGCAGUAUACGCAGAGACCUUCCGCUGACGACUAUGAUGACACACUUAUCCAAGGACAGAUAAACAAUCAGAAUCAAUACCAAGCACCGGUCCGUCAAUCAACAAGGGGCGAAGGUAACGAAUUGGGUUACGAACACCCUAGCAGUGUGAAGACGACGAUUUACGAAGCUACCUCUAUUAGCACUACUCCUACGACAAGCACUAGCACAACCACAACAUAUCGCCCUACUACUGCACCCUUCACCGAAGCAAUGACCCCGUCUAGAUACUCUCCAAGAUCAUCCACAGAUGAGAACCUUAACCUGAAUCCUAAUAAUUCCUCAGACCAAAACCCUUCUGACGGGUCCCCUACGACAGUUCCCACUUCAAACCCUAUAAUAAACCUUUCAUCCCUCGCUAAGCCCUUUGAAAAGACUGAUAAUACUCAUAGGUUGAAAGAAAACUUACCAACUGAAAAACUGACCCAUAGACAUUCUCCUCGAGUGACUAACAAAAACAAUAAUAUUCCGGUGGAAGUGGUGAAGACCUCUUCUAAUGAAAACAAAAAGGUCAUUUCCCUAACUACUGGGUUCUCGAUUAGGCGAAACCCCAACAAUACUAAUAAUCCCUACACAUUGACGGUUCUGACCAGGCCUUUUGAUAAUUACCAUAAAAGUCGAAAGCAUAUCUCGCCUGAAGAAAAAACAAAGCAACAAGUAACAGAAACAAAACAAGUUGAGUUAGAAAAUGUUCAAAAAUCAGUAGAAUAUGAACCACUUAUUGAUGAGGACAAUGUUGGAUCAUCAGAGAGUUCACUGCGUCGUUCUAGUAUUGAAGAGGUACCUGUUUAUUCUAGACCCGAAAGUAGGCCAAAACUUUCAUACCAAUUUUCUAGAGAAGAUUAUGCGACACCGCCAACAACCACUACAAAAUAUUACCUCAAAACCGUUAUCAAACGACCGGCCCCCGCUCCUUUUACUUACAGUAACGACCAGAAAGAAAGCUCCACUGAAAAUACUAUUGACACCGAGGCAUUGAUUGAAACCGGACUUCGAAAUGUUAAAAAUACUCAAAUUCAACCAACUACUCCCAUAGACAGAGAUUUGACGGAUUGGGAACAUUACGAAAGAUCAAGUGAACAAUGGAAUAAACCUGUUGUUUCCCCGUAUAGGACCCUAAACAAUCUCAGAAACAACGAGGAAAAAAAUGAAGCUAUUGACGUUACGACCAGUACUGCUUCUUCAACUAGAUACACCACAACACAGAAAGACAUAUUAAGUUCAACUGCAAAGCCUCAAGAAUUAUUUAGUUCUAAACCUGCAUAUUAUAGUUAUAAAGUCGAUGAUGUCGAAGUCUCUGAUCAAACUACCGAAGUAUUCAGUGGUAAAGUAAAAUCUGUCAUAAAAGCUUUUCUGAGCAAUUUCGGUGGAGCUUCAAGUACGGAAAGAGUUAAACAGAUAGUAAGCACCAUUGCGCCUCAAGAAGAAAAAGUUGUAAACAUAGGUUUCCAAAAGAAAAUGCUGAAAUACAUAGAUGAAAAGCCUGUCCGCCAUCAUAUUCAACGUGUGCAUAUUAUAACAGAGCAACCGACUACGAGGUUUAGCCCUACAACUACUCCCAAUUAUGCUCAAAGAGAUUUCGUAUCAACUACCAGUCAAUCAAUUUCAACCAGAGGAACUUCCACUACUACUACACCUUCUGCUUCAAUUUUUGCGUAUCCUGAAACUACGCGGACGCCAAUGUUGCAAACCCCAAGUAACAAUGUAUUACGCAACAUUCCUAACAGAGAAUAUUCUGAUUCUAAAUUCAGCAGUUUUAACAAUUAUGUAACAGAAAACACACAAACAACUGUUAAACCACAGCCGGAAAAUUCUCGCAAAUUUCUUACGAUUAUCGAAGAACCUUCCACUCAAUUAACAAAAAUUGACAGUACUUUUAAUAAUAACAUUGACAAUGAGCUAACAAAACUGACCAAAUCUACCGAAACAACUAAGACAACGACUGAGACAGAGCGUUACAGACCAGCUCAAGUCCUAAACGAAAUAGCUUCGACAACAAGUAGUACAAAAUCGACCACUACUUACAAAGUUGACGUGACGCCGACGAAAAAGAGUUUAUCCUUUCCCACUCGCGCCUCUCGAGUGAAUCCCGCAAUAAAGUUAGCUGCGACAAACCCGGGAGUUGGGCGCAGGAGUUACCAAUCGACGAAAUGCUCUUCAGACAACAGUCUGCAACCGAACCCAAAAUGCAACGAAAUCAAAUACCAGAGACCCAGCCCCAGCCCAAGCCCCAGCAGCACUCGCGGUAGAGGGUCCGCCCACUACUCCACCUUGGAUCAGCCACAGUCCAACAGAGGAACUCCACCAACUCGCAGCCGCCCCACUUUGAAGCCAUCAACUGCCAUCGUAUCAAAGGCGACAGAGUUCGUGGAUAUCUACACAAAUCCCCCGAGGAGACCAGCGCCUGUGUACCCGCAGCCGACACCGGACAAGACUGCAGCUAAGUGUAGGAAGGACGUGUGCCUGCUACCUGACUGCUACUGCGGUGGAAAGGAAAUACCUGGCGACCUAGAGGUGGAGACGGUGCCCCAGAUCGUUCUUCUGACAUUCGAUGACUCCGUGAACGACCUCAACAAGGUUCUUUAUCAAGACCUCUUCGAAAAGGGUCGCGUGAACCCCAACGGUUGUCCGAUCUCAGCCACAUUUUAUGUGUCCCACGAAUGGACCGAUUACAGCCAAGUACAAAAUCUUUAUGCUGCUGGACACGAGAUGGCUUCUCACACAAUUUCUCAUAGUUUUGGAGAACAAUUCUCCCAAAAGAAAUGGAACAGAGAAGUGGCUGGACAGAGAGAGAUUUUAUCAGCGUACGGUGGUGUGAAACUAGAGGAUGUCCGAGGAAUGAGAGCUCCGUUCCUCUCAGUCGGAGGAAACAAGAUGUUCAAGAUGUUGUACGAUUCUAACUUCACGUACGAUUCCUCGAUGCCCGUCUAUGAAAACAGACCACCUAGCUGGCCUUAUACUCUUGACUACAAACUGUUCCACGACUGUAUGAUUCCGCCUUGCCCUACAAAAUCGUAUCCAGGAGUCUGGGAAGUACCUAUGGUGAUGUGGCAAGAUUUGAAUGGUGGCCGUUGCUCCAUGGGUGACGCCUGUGCUAAUCCUCCUGAAGCUGAAGGAGUCUACAAAAUGCUUUUGAAGAACUUUGACAGACAUUACACUACAAACAGGGCACCCUUCGGUCUCUUCUACCACGCAGCGUGGUUCACGCAGCCCCACCACAAGGAGGGAUUCAUCAUGUUCCUUGACUUCAUCAACCGCAUGCAGGACGUGUGGAUCGUGACCAACUGGCAGGCCCUGCAGUGGGUGCGAGACCCCACGCCCAUCAACAGGAUCAACAACUUCCAGCCUUUCCAAUGCAACUAUCCAGAUCGUCCCAAGAAGUGUAACAACCCUAAGGUGUGCAAUCUUUGGCAUAAAUCCGGCGUCCGGUACAUGAGGACGUGUCAGCCCUGUCCCGAGAUCUACCCCUGGACAGGCAAGACCGGUAUCAAAUCCUCUCGUAUCGACAACGAUAUUGAGGAAUAAACAACAAAUUACUCUAGAAUCGGUCACGCGGUCGAAAUUAUCUAUUACGUUCCGCAAGAUUAUGAGGAUUAAAAAACCUGAGAUCGUAUUGAAUGUCAGAA